AUGGCUCCACCGACGUUUCUGAACCGAGUGGCCCCGUGGGCCUGCCAUCCAUCAACAACAUCAUCGUCAACCGCCAGCAAAGAUGAAGAAGGCGUGCUUCUAUCGGUGAUCAAAAACGAGACCUCGAUUCCUCCUCUGCAGCUUCCCAUCUACUGCAUCCUUGCCUACAUCAUCUACAAACUCCUCCUUUACCCUCGAUUCCUGAGCCCGUUGCGCUCUCUCCCUCAGCCAAAGGGCGGCUACCCCAUCCUCGGCCACGCCUUUUCUCGCUUCGAACAACCCCUCGGCAAAACCUACCUGCACUUCAUGAACACAGUCCCAAACUCCGGCCUCAUUCUCUUCCGCGACCUCUUCCACACCGACCACCUCCUUCUCACGUCUCCUGAAGCCCUGGCCGAGGUUCUCGUUCGCAAACCCUACCAUUUCGAUAACCCGCCUGAGAUUCGGCUCUUCACGAGUCGGAUACUCGGGGGCGGGUUGCUUACGUCCGCUGGGGGGACGCAUAGGAUUCAGAGACGACAUGUGAUGCCGAGUUUCACGCUCAGGAAUACGAGACGUCUUGCGUGGUUGUUUUGGAAGAGGAGUGGGGAAUUGGUUGAUGGGGUGAAGAGGGAGAUGGAGAUUGAUCUCCUCCCGGGUGCUGGGGGGCCGUCUGGGGAUGAAAAAGGGACGGUGGUAGAUAUGAACGUCUGGGCGACGAAGAUCACGCUGGAUGUGUUUGGGGAUGCAGCGCUGGGUCUGGAGUUAGGGCUUUUGAGGGGGUGUGACCAUCCGAUUGUGAGGGCAUAUGAGGGCGCGUUUCGGUCGACACCCGGGAAGGAUCUCCUCUUCUUUGCGGCGAUGGCGAGGGUGGUGGAUUGGAUUCCGUGGGCUGUGGAUAGGGAGUUUGAUGAUUCCACGGCGUACCUGAGGCAGUUCUGCAGGGAGGCUAUUCAGAGGAGCAGGCAGAGGCAGGAGCUGAAGAAGGAGAGGGGUCAAGAACAGGACAAUCAGCCGGAUCUGUUGUCGAAGAUGUUGGCGUCGGGCAAGUUCACCGAUGAGGAAUUGGUCGAUCAGUUCUUGACGUUUUUGGCGGCCGGACACGAAACAGUCGCCGGUACAUUCGGUUGGGCCAUCAACCUCCUCGCCAGCCAUUCCUCAAUCCAGGAUCGUCUGCGCGAGGAACUCCGCCUCCACGCCUCGAGACCCGGCGAUCAGAUGGCCGAAUCUCUGGAAUCGCUGCCUCUUCUGUACGGAGUCUGUAACGAAGCUAUCCGUCUAUACCCGUCCGUUCCUAUCACGCCCCGGGUUGCGAGCCGCGAGACCUCUAUUCUGAACUAUACCGUGCCAAAAGACACGCGAAUCAUGAUUGCCCCAUGCGCCAUCAACCGGGCACCGCACCUCUGGGGUCCGACGGCGGACGAGUCCGUGCCAGAUCGCUGGGUCGAUGCGGCCACUGGGCUGAUGAACAAGACGGGCGGCGCUGAGAGCGUGUAUGCAAAUCUGACGUUCCUGCAUGGAGCUCAUGGAUGCAUCGGGGCGGAUUAUGCGAGAGCGGAGUUGAGAGCCAUGGUGGCGGCUUUUGUGCUAGCCUUUGAGAUGGAGAUUAGGGCUGAGGAUCGGGGGAAGGUGACGGUGAGAGGGAGGUUAGCUGCGAGGCCAGGGGACGAGGAUGGGAGGCUGUUGAUAAGGUUGAAGGCUGUUUAG